AUGAAAGUUGAAUUAACGAUUGAGAAAAAUGUUAUUUUAAAACGUGAUAAACCAUGGUCACAUUUUUAUUCUCUGAAUGAUAAUGAACUUUUAUGUUAUAAUGAACAUAAAAAACUUGAAUCUGUUAAUUCAACAAAUGGUAAAAUUGAACAUUUAUCAAAUAAAACAAUAAUUAAUAUUUCGAAAGCAUCUCUUGCUCAUUGUUUAUCAAAUAAUGGUCAAUUAUGUGGAUUUCUUUCACAAAAUUAUGAAAUAACUCUAUGGAAUAAAGAUAAAUUAAUUCGAACAAUUCCAUCAUGUUCAGUUGCUACACAAGCAAUUAAAACAACACCAUAUAUAUUUAUAAGUAAUAAUGGUGAACAAGUUAUUCUUAUUUUACGACAACCAUGUCGAAUAUUUCUUUGGAUUAAAUCAAAUAAUUCACAAUUAAUUCCUACACGAAUGCAUCAUAAAAGUCCAAUAUGUUCAACUUUAGCAAAUCGUUCAACAGAUGAACAUGGUAUUUGGUAUGAAAUAAGUUUAACGAAUGAACAAUUAAAUACUAUGAACGAUGAUAAACAUCAAAUAUCAAAUGAUGUUUUUUUUCAUUCAGAAAAUUCUUCAAUUAUUUGUGCAUUUGUAUUUACUGAUCAAUCAGGUUAUAUUCAACUCAAUCGUCUUGAUAUUGAUUGGAAAUCAACAAUCUAUGCUGAACAAACAAUAUCCUAUUCAUUUGAAACAAUUCAAAUACCAAUAAAUAUAUCUUCUUCUUCUUCAGCAGUUCUUAUUCGUUUUGCUCAUUCAUUACCUAUAUUAGCAAUUAGUUUAUCAACAAAUAUACUUUUUAUUUCAUUAACAUCGUUAACAUUUUCAAAAUUUAUGCCUAUUAAUUGUUCUUUAACAACAACAUCAAAUCCACAACAAAUAUUUAUUUCUGAUUUAAUCUGGAGUUAUGAUGAUCAAUUUCUAAUUGGUAUAACUAAUCGUGGUGCACUUUUUUUUCUUCAACGUUUUGGUUCACAAAUAAAUUUACUAACACAAGGUGAAUGUAUAGCACAAGGACCAUUACAAUUUAUUAUCAUUCAUCCAUUAAUUGGUCAAGAUAGUGAAGCAACAAAUCAUUUAGGUUCCGAUUCAUUUAUGAGAUCAAUUGUACCAUUUUCAAAUGAUGAUAAAACAAAACAACAAAAAUUUUCAUUAACUAUUCAUUCAAAUAAACCAUUGAUUUAUUGUAGUGAUGGUUAUCGUUUAGCACGUAUAACUUAUUCAAAUAAAAUUCGUGAUAGAAGAUUUUAUGAUCCAUUACUUUAUUUAUAUUUACUUGAUAUAAAUCAACAGCAAGACCAACAGUCAAUAUUUAUUCAUAAAGCAAGAUCAUUUGAUGAUCUUCCCAAAACAGCUGAUCGUCUAGAUACCGAAAGUAUAGGAGGUGGUGGUGGUGGUGGUAAUUUGCAUUCAUUAUCGAAAUAUGGAAGUUUAACUUCAUUACCAAUCGAUGAUUUACCUCAAUUAUCAUUAGAUGAUAUUUUUUCUGCUUAUCAUCUUCUUCUAACAUCCUCCGAACGUGUACAACAUGACAUUUGUGCAAGUCUUGAACGUACGACACAAACAGUACUUCUAUCAUCGGAUAAUCGUGAUAUUCUAACACCUAUUCAAUUAUCUCAUUGUUUAGCAAAUCUUGUUUUAUCAUCAACAUUUGGUUCUUUAACAUUUUUACAUAUAUCAUGUUUAACAAAAUUUAUUCCAUUAUUUAUAAAUAUAUUUCAACAACAAACAACGAUUGUUAAUGAUCCGGAAUUAUUACAAUUAUGUAUUUUAUGUAUUAUUGAACGAUGGUUACAAACUGUUUUAUAUUUACCAACGAAAUUUAAUACAUUUGAAUUAUGUCGAAGACAAAAAGCGAUUGGAUAUCCUCAUGAAGAAAUAAAGAAUUUUCAACUUUGUAAAGGAGUUAAACAAUUAGAAUUAUUACAAGGAACAAAUAUUAAUUUAGAUGAAUUUUUAUCACCAAAUUUACCUAAUCAACAACAGAAUUUACAGGUGGAAAAUUCAUAUUAUAAUCGUUUAACACUUCUUCGUUCAUGGUAUACAUUAUGGUCAUCGAUUGAAAAAAAAAUUCGCCGAGAUAAAAAAAAUCUUUCAAAAUAUUUAACAACUAUUCGUCUUUUUAUUCAAUCAAUACUUCAAUCAUAUCCAUCAUUAAAUACGACUCGUUUAUUAUCCUAUGGUCAUCAAAUUGAUUUAAACGAUCUUUUUCCACCUAUUUUAACAUCUGUUGAUCAUCCAUUAAAUAGAAAAGGUUAUUCAACAUUAAAUGAACGUCGAAAACAACGUCGUCGAACAUCAAAUUCAAUUGAACAACCACAAUCAGCACGUACAUAUCGUCGUGGAAAACCACCAACAGAAGCACGGAAAGCACUUGUACUUCAUCGUAUUCUCUAUAGUUUACUUGAACAAUAUAAUAUUCGUGAUGCAAUUUGUAUACUUAAUGUUGCUUUACGACGUGAAACAUCUCUUCUAUCAUCAUGUCUUCCACUUGAUUUAUUUAGUUCGAAUUUAUUUCAAUAUAUUGAUACUCGAACAUAUUUUGGUAUGCCUGGUCAUGCUUUACGAUCUGUUUUACGUACAUUAGCUCGUUUUAUGGCUCGUUCAAUGAUAACAAAUGAUAAUAAUAAUAAUCAAGAUCAACAAUUAUUUAUUUAUUCAGUUGAUUCAGCAUGUCCAUUGCCAAAUCUAUUUAAAACAAAACAAAAAUCAAAUGAACAAAUGAAAUAUCGAAUGAUCUAUAUAGAUCGAAAUCGUUUAAAUUUAGCUAUUGAACAACAAAAGUUAAGUAAAUUUUGGCAACCAUUAAAAGUACUUGAAUUAUUUAUACUUGGACAAUCACCAAAUGAAGCUGUAUUCUUUGCUAAACUUGCUGGUGAUUGGCGAACAGCAUUAUGUUUAGCAUCUGUUUUACCACCUCAUAAUGGGCUAUAUGAUUCACCUAAACCAACAAAUCGUUCAUCACAAAUCUAUUCUCCUUUCAAUACGAUUACAGUUGAUGCAUUACUCUAUACAAAAUUAUGUGAAUAUCUUCAAAUCGAUAAUCUUAAAUCCAUACUUAAACGUUCAUAUAAACAAGAUGAAAUACUUUCAUUUAUAAAAAAUUUAUCUUCAACAUUAGAACAAUUUCUUCUUUGUUCAACACUUUUACAAGUACCAUUAACUGAAAUGUUACUAAAACGUCUAAAUGCUAUUAUGAUCUAUUUAUUUACAUUAAUACCAAUAUUUAUUUCAUCAAAAUAUUAUUUACCAUGUCCACCGAUUUAUUCAUCAAUAUUAAAUACAUAUGAUGAUGAGAAAUAUGAUAUAACAUGUAAAUAUGAAACACAUAUACGUUUAAUUUAUUAUCGAACAAUACAUAUAUUUAUACAAUUAUUAUCAGCUAGUCGUAUACAAUUAUCAUGUCUUAAAUGGUAUUUAGAUUAUUUAACCGUAACAAAUAAUAAUAGACGUAAUAAACAACAAACAUCAACAUCGAAUGAUAGUUUUCAUUCAAUAAAAAUUCUACUUAAAUCAUUACGUUUUCAUAAAUUACCUAAUAUACCUGAUAGAAUACUUAUUUAUUUUCGUGAUUUUUGUAUUAUAUUAUUUUUAUUAGAUACACGUGAUCGUUUAUCAUUAACUAUACGUAAUUAUAUACGUAAUAAAACAGAAUUAAUUGAUACAUCUGAUAAACUUUCAUGGCAAAUAAUAAGUUAUGCAACAAUACUUCUUUCAUUUCGUUGUUUAAUAUCGGAUGAAAUGAAUUUAUUACGCAUUGUAUUAAAUCUUUUCUUUGAUUUAACACCAUCCGAACAAUUAAUGAGAGCAUUAGCAACAUUAAUUAUUUCAAGACAAUAUGGAGAUAAUGAUACAGAUAAUAAUGCUGAAAUUCUAUUAAUUGUUGAGAAAUUAAAAGCUAAAUGGAUGCAAAUUAAUCCACAAUAUAUUCGAUUAUAUGAAGAAUUUUUAGAAACAAUUAUUAUUCAAGAUGUACAAGGAGAUAUUAUUACACAUUAUUUAAAUGAUAUAUCUGAUCAACAUCAUCAUCAAGAACCAAUAUUUGAUUUUAAACCAAAAUGGUUUGAAACAUGUGUUGAAUAUGGUGAAUUUAUGACAAUGCUUAUUCCACUUCUUCUUGAUACAUCAUCGUUAACGAAUAUUAAAAAACAAGAAUUAAAUAAUGAUCAUACGAAAUAUGAUAGUACAUCUAUUCCUUUAGUACAAACAAUGAGUGCUCAAUUACGUGAAUUAGAAUUACCAACAAGUCUUGAUAAACGAUAUUUACUUAAACAAACACCAUUAUUUGUUCCACCACAUGAAUAUGUUGUUUUUCCUGUUCGUAUAUUACCAAAUGAUACACAACAAACGAUGUUUCAACAAAUACCAACAAAUGUAAAUAAUAUGACUAUUGGAAGUCUUGUUCAAACACCUUUAACACAACAACCACCAGGUGUUGUUUCACUUGAAAAACAACAUCGACGUAAUGUUUAUAAUUUUGAUAAUGCUAAUACUAAUAAUAAUAAUGUUGAAUCAAAUACUAAUGAAAAUCCAUCGAUGGAAUGGGAUGGACGUUCAGAUGACCCAUCACGAUCACAUGUUCGACAAUUUGAUGAACCUUAUUCUGAUGCAGCUCGUCGUAGUAUUUGGAUGGCAGGUUGGGCUAAUCGUGGUUUUUCAACGACUACUGAUCAAACACAAACAGCUGGUAUGCGUAUAUCAACUUCAGCACAAUUUCUUGCGGCAAGUUCAUUAAUUAGUGAUCAACAACGUUAUGAAAUGAUUGUUAAACAACAUGAACAACAAAAUAGAUAUAAUAAUGAUCAAGCAGAUAAUGAUACAGAUUUAACAGAUGUAACAAAAAAUGAUGAUGAAGAUGGUAUUGGUACACAUAGUGAAUUAGCAUCUAGUCCUCGUCGACGUGAUCUUUCAUUUCGAAAAAAUUCAUUAGAUGAAAGUAUGUCAUUACCAAUAUUUAGUAAUGAUGGUGGUAAUGGAGAUUUUGGUCGUAGUCGAGAUUUUCGUGCAUUAUCACGUGAAACUGGUGGUGAUGAAACACCUACGUAUGAUUUACGUGAUUUUCCUAAUGAAUAUAGAGAAUUCAAUAAUCAACAACAAAUAUAUCAUCAACAAGCAAGUCCAUUACCACAAAUGUCACCACCAACAUCGAAUGGUUUUCAACAACAACAACAACAGCAGCCAGUUCGACAAUCAUUUAGUGAUCGACGUUUUCUUGAUGAUUCUGACCCAUAUUUAGCUUCGAGACUUGAACAAGAAGAGAGAAAUAAAUACAUCAUUCCAGAUACAAACAGAACAAUAACUUCAAUACAAUCUCCUCAUGGUCAUUAUCCACCACCACUUCAAGAUCCACCAAGUCGUCAAUCUCCAACUCGAGAUCCUUACAGUCGUCGAUCACCUACUCGAGAGUCUCAUCGUCGUCGAUCCCCAACUCGAGAUCCAUACAGUCACCGUUCAUCUUCUCGAGAUCGACAACAAUAUCAUCAUCAUCAACAACAACAACAACAACCAUUUCCACAAAUUCAGCAACAACCAGUGUAUGAUCAAGUUCGAGUACCUGCACCUAUUCAAUAUACUUCGUCGCUACGUUUACCACUUCUUCGUCUUGGAGGUCCAGUAAUGACUUCUGCGCCUAUGUUUACACAAUCUCGAUUUCCAAUGCCACCACAACCACCACCACCAGUUACUGUUUAUCCAACAAGACCCGUUUAUGUUUCAUCCGCACCACGUCCUGCAUAUCCAAUACCAAUGCUUCAUUUAGCUCCACAACUACCUCCACCAGUAUCACUUACUCCACAAGCAACACGAGCUGAUCAACAAAAGUUAGCCUAUGUGCAAAAUAUAAUGCAUCAAUUUACUGAUCAUAAUCGACCUCGUCUUCAACUAUUACAAAUGCGUCCACAUCCUCGAACACAUACUAACAAUGAUUUACAAAUACCAAUGCCGGCACCUAAUAUUGUUUCAACAUCAUCAGAUACAAAGGUUGAUGCUGGUAUUCAAGCUGAAGUACCUCGACAAGAUGGUUUUAUUAUUGAACCAGGUCUUUUUCAAUCGUUAUUACGUGACGCUACUGGUGUCAAUUUUACAUCAGCUGAAGCUCAUUAUUCUGCAGCUCGUCAAAUUCAACAACAGGCACUUGAAGCACGUCGACGCGAACGAUCUACUAUGACUGAUUUACCAGCUCAUCAAGUUUUAUAUGAUUUACAAUAUGGACGUGGUGGUGAUGGUGAUGAAAGAAAAUUUGUUAAUGUCACUGAUAUUGCUGGUACGCAUGCUGAUGCAUUACUUGCUCAAAUUGAACGAGAUCAAGCUGAACGAGAACAACUUCGACUACGUCAACUACAGCAGCAGCAGCAACAACAGCAACAAUACCAGCAAGUACCACCGCAAAUACCUAUGAAUAAUAAUAUAAAUGAAAUGCCACCAGCAGUCUAUCCUAUUGGUUUUGAUAGACAACAUGAACAAGUAUUUCAACAACAGCAACCGUACUAUCCAUUAGGGUUUGAUCAACAGCACGCACAAGUGUUACAGCAACAACAACAACAACAACCGUAUUAUCCAUUAGGUUUUGAUCAACAAAAUAUGCAAGCCUCUCAACAAACUAAUGGUUUUUAUAAUGCUGAUGAUUUACAACAUAAAAGUGAGCUUAUUUUACAUCGUCGACGACAACGAGAACAAGAAGAAAAACAAGCAGAACAGCUUGCAUUUGGUAAUGGCAAUGGUGAUCGUUCUCAAAGAAGAGUUUCAUAUGAACCAAAUAUACAAACAUACGAACCAGAUGAAAAUGAUUUUCCUCUUGAAUAUCUUAUACGUCAACCUCGUUCCACAGAACCAACCUCUGAUGCUAGUUCACGCAUAGUUGAUCCUAUUUCAGUUCGUUCAACUACACCUCGUUCACCACGUAAACAAGUUUCUAGUGAACGUCGUAUAUCAAUUAAAACUACGACACCUCGUGAUCCAUUUUCACCACGUAGAACUGUCAGUCAUACAUCAGCGCAUUCAACAGCCGGUACACCACGUAAAGCUGCAUCACCCACUAUUGCUGAUCGUCAUCGUGAAGCUCGUCAACGACAACAACAAAUAUUAUCACGUGCACGUGAUGAAAAUGCUCUUCGUUUUGCUGAUGCUGUUCUUCAUGGUGAAUCUGUACCACAAACACACACUUUAGAUGAAUUUCAACUUGAAGCAUUAGAAUCAAGUUUUACAUCAACUGUAGUUGAACUAGCACGUGCUGAUGGACUUAUUAAUCGUACAUAUGAUCUUGAUUUGAAUGACAAUGAUGAUGAUAUAGGUAGUGGUUAUUCUGCACGAUUACCAUCAAGACCAAUGUCAGCUAAUACAUCGAAUUAUAAUCAAAAUGCAAGUCAUUAUUCAACUUCAUCUUCACAAUUACCACGACCAUCAUCAGCAUCAUCAACUAGAUCUCGACCAAUGACACCAAUGGGCAAAGCUAUUGUUCAGGCAAAACAAAAAGGUCCACCACCAGCUCGUAGUAAUAUGGCAAGAAAACGACCAGUAUCAUCUCCAGCUAAUCUUGGUCAUAAACGAGGUUCAAUCCCUGCUUCAUCAAAAAAUAAUCAAACUCAUACAAAGCUGGUACGAAACAUACGUAAAGCAUCUCCACCAUCUCAUAAACCAACAACAUAUAAUCAACGUGUACGUGCUCUCAAUAGCACUUAUACUGAAACACAACCAACAACAAAAUCAGAUCCAUCUGAUCCUAAAGCACUCAUGCGUUUAUAUGGUACAAGACGUGUACCAGGUCUUUAUGUACCUUAUGAAAAGACAGAACCACGAGUAACAAAAACUUAUUCAGAACGUAUGCAAGAAUUACAACAACCUGUUCCAGUUCACCCUCAAAAACAACGACAACCACAAAGACAACAAGAACCAGAAUUAGAACAACGACCAUCAAGUGCACCAUCCAGUUCGAUCAGUUUAUCCGAUUGGGAAGUUGAUGAUCGUGUUAAACAAUUAUUAGCUGAUGAUCAAGAUACAUCAAUAAAUAGAAAAUUAAGUAGAACAAUUACACCAUUAGGAAGUCUUGAUGAACUCGAUAAUGAUGAUGAUAAUAUGGAUGAAACUACAUAUAGUUUAACUCGUGUCACUGAAACAAAUGAAAAUACAUAUGGUGCCGAUCUUCAAUUACUUCAACAUCCACGAUUUAGUGGUGCGCAUACAAAUACAUAUGGUGGUACAAGAGCUAGUGCACGAAGUAGUGCUGGUGGUGAUAUGACAGCACGUGAUGAAAGUGAAUUAUCGAAAGGUGAAAGUAGUCUUGCUAGUUAUAUCGAUUGGAGUUUAAUCGAUAAAGACUUUCCAACGGGAACACAAUAG